AUGGUUCGGUUCAUGUCCCAACCCCCAUCGUUACCUAACGCCCGUCUCCAAGGACGGACGACAUGCGGCGACGCAACCACCCGCUGCCGAUCGCCUCUUGGGGGCCUCUCGAUGAGGCUCUUACCCCAACUUUUUCAAUGCCGGCCGUUCCCUACGAAACGAGUGGAUCUCUGUGUAUCACGAGGGGAACAUGAAUCUUACGGAGACGUUUCGGUCUCACCCACCCCUUCUUCGUCCUCUCCCCCACAAAAUGGCACGACGGCGAACUGCCUGGCAGCCCUCUCUCGACUUUCUUCCACCAUAAGCCUCCGCUCAUGGCGACGUUUCACCCCAGACCUGUCCGUGGAGACCAACUUCACCGUUCGCCCCCGUCUUCCCCGUCUCCCCCGUCUCCCCCUCUACACCCUAUCUCCUUCGCUUCCGUUUUCCCCCACCUGUGUCGCAUCGUCUUUUGUGUUCCUCGGACGUCGCCCGACUGUGGCGCAUGACCUCCAGUAUGAGACUUCGGCCAAGAUUCACACCCUCCCUGCCGUCUCACAGAAAGUCAUGACAUUUGUUUCACAUACCGAGAGACUCAUCCCCUAUGGGUCAUGUCAGCUCAGAAGUUCAGCGUCGGACCUCAAUCAGCAUCUUCCCGGGACAUCUACCGAGGCUACACCAACUCAAUGCCGCCAAGCCCUCUGCUACAAAAGUGCAUUCCACGUGGCAUGCCUGGGUCCGUGGGUCCGGGUAUUGCGGUGCACUCGCCGGUCGAACCAGGAUAGACGGUUUCAAGUCGCACUUGAACAGCACCCGCCGGCCUUUCCGCGGAAGGUUGAGUAUCACAGGGUGUACACCGACAGACGGCACUUGGUGAAGAACGAGAACCCCCUGGGGUGUUCCGGACAUGAUGUAGGUAGUCCUCGCGUCGUGUCCCCCUGGGAGUUGGUCGACCUUCUGCCUCGGCACUCCAUCCCGUGGGAAUUUCUGUGCAAGUCGUCUGUCGCCCACAACGGAAUCCAGGAGCAUGUCGUCCUCGACUCAACAAAGCUGUGA